GGCUAACAUGGUCCUUCUUAUAGAGUUUGCCAUGGAUAAAUCCACAUCCUUCAACAUAAAAUCAACAUGGUCUCUUUCUGUUUGUCUGAUGGUAACUCUGGGUUGACCGUCGUAGGCCCUGUCUAUUUCCAUUACUAUUCGACUUUACUAUCUCUUUAACCACAAAAUAAACAAAAACAGAACGCCACGGAAUGUGUUCCAAUGAUUCCUAUGAUAUUAUAUCCUUCUAACGACUUCUAACAAAGCAAACUUAUUGAAUAGUCUUCAGUUAAUAAUCCGUCUCCGUUAUUUUUUUUUUUUUGUCUGUUUUUUUUUUUCAACACCCUCGACGCUUACAGGUUGACCACCAGUAUUUACAGCUUGGGAUAUCAUAAAUCAAAAGAAUUGAAAGUAGCCUGAUUGCUGAUUACGACUACUGACCGAACCACAAUGAAUACUAUUGCCAUUCCAGACUUACGUUUUGAACAGUCCUUCACCCGCAGUUUGAAUAGCUAUGCCAUCCAGCAACAGGAAUCGAAGAUUCGCCGCCACGAAGCCGCUGAUGUCAACUUGGAAGAAUUGAAUGCUAAACUUGACGAAGCAGAACAACAGGAAUUGCAAACCAGCGGAGCACACGGGGUUCAGCCCAUUGGUCCCAUUACCCCUGGCAUUGUGAUAUAUGCCAUAAUAAAAGAUCAAAUCUUGAUGCCAUUUAUCCAAGGUUUUUUUUUGACCGGGGUGCUAAUAGCAAUAAAACCAUUCUUGAAUACCAUCACUGCCCAGGGCCAACGCUGUGGAAUAUGGUUGGCCAACGGCUUAGGGUUGAAUCGUCUCAAUAGAAACCCAUUUACUCCUAUAUAGUCACACGAACCUCCUCCGCUAAAUAGACGAGUCUGUAUACGAUUAACAUCUUUAUUAUUACUAGCACUCCCAAACUACCUCUACUAGCACUCCCAAACUACCUCUACUAGCACUCCCAAUGCUACCUCUACCAAUGCUACCUCUACCAAUACUACCUCUACCAAUACUACCUCUACCAAUACUACCUCUACUAUGUCAUGUUUGCCCUUCACGUGACUGUAGACCAGACGUCCCCGGCGUUCUCCAAAUCUCGUAUGCACUUGACGUUUGUUGCAGCUUCAACAAUUGCUCUUCUGACACUGCUUUCCGGAUCGAUGAGCAGACCAUAACGCCAACCGAGUCUUCCAACGUAGUACAGCCAGCCUUUCCAGCUCUGCCAUUUGAAAUGAAAUUAGCCUAACCUACUGAGUGCGCUUAACCCUGUGUUUUUUUUUUUUUC